AUGAUGGCCGGGAUUCCGGGUUUCUGCGAUUUCAUCGUGUCAAACGUGUCCAACAAGUCGAUGACGUCAGUGUUUGACGUCAGUAACGAAACCAUGACGAUGGACGACUCAUCGUCGUCGUUGUCACCGUUUUUGUUCUCGUCGCCAGACGACGACCUAUUGUUGCCGUCAUCAUCAUCUGGUGCAACGGCGGCAGUUGAUGGACGCCACGGACCUUCUUCUUCGUUGCCAGGAGUCACCGGACUUCCGCUUCCGGGCUCGUCGUCGUCGUCGUCGUCGUCGUCGUCGUUGUUGCCGGACUUGGACACCGCUGCCUACGAGUUCAUCGUGCACGGGAUUUGCUUGCCGAUCGUCGGCUUGUUUGGCCUCGUGGGCAACGGACUGUCCAUGUUCAUCCUGUCGCGACCGCAGAUGAGGUCGAGCAUGAAUUGUUGUCUGUUGGGAUUGGCGAGUUGCGACAGUGCGCUGAUCCUGUGCUGCCUGCUGCUGUUUUCCGUGCCGAGUGUGCACGGGUUCUCGGGCCUGUUCCGGGGCUACUACGCGACCCUGCAUCACCUGACGGCCCCGUGGCUGUACCCGCUGGCCCUCAUGGCCCAGACGGCGUCCAUCUACAUCACCAUGACGGUCACGCUUGAGAGGUAUGUGGCAGUGUGUCGUCCAUUGCGAGCCAGAGCUCUGUGCACAUAUGGAAGAGCCAAGCUGUACCUGGGCAUCAUCAUUGCGUUUUCCAUCGCUUACAACAUCCCGCGAUUUUUUGAAAUGAGCGUGAAACGGGUGUGUUACUUUGGAGCUGGGGAUGAUGAAGCAGAUGGAGUGCAGUUGUUGCACAAGGAACUGGCUGUCUUCCCUUCUGCACUGAGAGAGGAUCCUUUGUAUGUUCAAGUGAGUGAUGCUGCUGUACACAUUUAUUGA